AUGCGUCCUUCAAGACACGCUGUUGAACCCAUGAGCGUGGAGACACCUCGUGAGGUCUACAACUAUCGAGUUUACCUCCUCGCCAUCGUUUCUUCAUUUGGUGCCAUCAUUUUUGGUUACGAUCUCGCCUUCAUUGGGACAACACUUGCCCUAGACUCUUUCAAAAAGGACUUCAAAUUACACGGCAACACAGAUGCUUUUUCUGCAAACAUUGUUUCGCUACUCCAGGCUGGCUGUUUCUUCGGAUCACUCGCAGCGGCUCAAAUUGGUGAUAAGUUUGGCAGAAAAUGGGCCCUCAUUAUGGCUGGCGUCAUCUUCUGCGUUGGCUCGCUGAUGCAGACUGUCUCAUUUGGGAAUGUUCCUGUAAUGUUCACCGGUCGUGCCGUCGGAGGUCUUGGUGUUGGCGCAGCCAGUAUGCUGGUGCCUCUGUACAUCGCCGAAGUUUCACCUCCCAAGAUUCGAGGACGUCUCGUGGGUAUCUAUGAGAUUGGAGUCCAGGCAGGAACGUGCGUUGGUUUCUGGAUCAACUAUGGCUUGAAGAUCAACAUGAAACCCAGCACUUCCCAAUGGAUGAUUCCAUUUGCCAUCCAACUCAUCCCCGGCGGUAUCCUCAUCAUCGGCAUGCUUUUCUUGCCAGAUUCGCCCAGAUGGUACGCACGAACCAAGGGCCGAGAAGUGGCGACCACAGUCCUCGCCAAACUCCGCAACCUUCCUGCCGAGCAUCCCUACGUACAAGAAGAGAUCGACCGGGUCAUCAACCAAAUCGAAUACGAGCGUGAACACACCGUUGGCAAGGGCCUUGUCGCCGAAUUCAAAGAACUCUCCAAGCCUGGUAACCGCAACCGCAUUGCCAUCGGCGUCAUGAUCUUCGUCUUCAUGCAAAUGGCCGGCUCCAACGCUAUCAACUUCUACUCACCCCGAAUCUUCAAAUCCAUCGGCCUGACGGGAAGUAGCACAGGGCUCUACGCAACAGGCAUCUACGGAAUUGUGCGCUUCAUCGCCGUCGUCAUCGCCAUGGCCUUUGUGGUCGACCGCUUCGGCCGCACCAAGAUGUUGAUGUACGGCUCCGCCCUCAUGUCGGCGUGCAUGUGGUAUAUCGGCGGAUACGUGCUGUCCAGUAACCCCAGUGCGGCGAAGAGCAUCUCCGCUGGGGGCUAUGCCGCCUGCACCCUCAUCUACAUCUACGCAAUCGGAUUCUGCUUCUCGUGGGCCGGCGUCCCCUGGAUCUACUGCUCCGAAAUCUUCCCUUUGCGCAUCCGUGGCAUCGGCAUGGCGCUCUGCACUGCCACGCACUGGUUGAUGAACUUCGUCAUCGCCCGCAGCGUCCCCUACAUGAUCACCAAUAUCGGCGGAGGCACUUACUUCGUCUUCGCCUCGUUCCUUGCCGUCGCGGUGCUGUUUGUCUUUUUCUUCGUUCCCGAGACCAGAGGCCUGGAUAUGGAAUCUAUGGAUGAGCUGUUUGGUGGCCCACAGGCCGGUGCUCGCGCUGGAGUUCGCGACAUUGAUGAGGAGAAGGCCGCCACUGAGACCAUUGAGCGUAAAGAGGUGGUGUAA